AUUGGACAGGUCAGGUAGCAAACCACCAACCAAAGGGGGGGCCGACCAUUUCAACCGACUCGGCAGUUAAUAAUAGCUCCGGCGCUUUGUAACCAGACCGCAUUGUGCGCGAGAGAGAGAGAGAGGAACCCUGUCGAUCCAUCCCACCGAGACCGCCUCACCGUCUUUCUCCGAACUCACGAUGCGCCGUUUCGCAACAAGGGCCGCUUCAGCGUCUGCCACAACUGGACGUCUUGCACAAUUGUCGUCCAGCCCUCCCCGAUCAGCCUUUCUUGCCUCGUCGUUAAGGAUGGCAUCCUCAGGAAAGUCCGCGUCGGCAACGGCCGUGAGGAGGUUACAUGCCACAGCACAACACCUUCGUCCGGCAGCGGCGCCGGUCGGGCUCGCGAGCACGGCGACCAAUUAUCCAACCACCCACGACAAGAUCGCCGAAGUGCAAGACACGCCCUAUUUUAUCGACAACAAGUUCCUCCAGUCCAAAACGACAGAGUUCAUCGACCUGCAUGACCCGGCCACCAACAACCUGGUGACGCGCGUGCCGCAGAACACAGACGAGGAGCUGAAGGCCGCUGUGGCCUCCGCCCAGAAGGCAUUCGAGACGUGGCGCACCACCAGUGUGCUGCACCGACAGCAGAUCAUGUUCAGGUUCGUCUCGCUGAUCCGCGAGAACUGGGACCGCCUGGCCGCCAGCAUCACGCUCGAGCAGGGCAAGACGUUUGCCGACGCCAAGGGCGACGUGCUCCGCGGCCUCCAGGUUGCCGAGGCGGCCUGCGGCGCUCCCGAGCUGCUGAAGGGCGAAGUGCUCGAGGUGGCCAAGGACAUGGAGACCAGGACGUACCGCGAGCCGCUGGGUGUUGUUGCGGCUAUCUGCCCGUUUAACUUCCCCGCCAUGAUUCCCUUGUGGUGCAUUCCCAUUGCCACCGUUACGGGUAACACGCUCAUCCUCAAGCCCUCCGAGCGCGACCCCGGCGCCGCCAUGAUCCUGGCCGAGCUUUGCCAGAAGGCCGGCUUCCCCGACGGCGUCGUCAACAUCGUGCAUGGCGCCCACCGUACCGUCAACUUUAUCCUCGACGAGCCCGCGAUCAAGGCCAUCAGCUUCGUCGGCGGCAACAAGGCGGGCGAGUACAUCUACGCACGCGGCUCCGCCAACGGCAAGCGCGUGCAGGCCAACCUCGGAGCCAAGAACCACGCCGCCGUUCUUCCCGACUGCAACAAGAACCACUUCCUCAACGCCGUUGUUGGCGCCGCCUUUGGCGCCGCCGGCCAGCGGUGCAUGGCCCUCUCGACGUUGGUCAUGGUAGGCGAGACCAAGGAAUGGCUCCCCGAACUGGCCGAGCGGGCCAAGGCGCUCUCUGUCAACGGCGGCUUCGAGGAGGGCGCGGACCUGGGCCCCGUCAUCACGCCGCAGAGCAAGGCGCGCAUCGAGUCGCUCAUCGCGUCGGCCGAAGAAGAAGGCGCCACCAUCCUGCUCGACGGCCGCGGCUACAAGCCCCCCAAAUACCCCAACGGCAACUGGGUCGCGCCGACCAUCAUCACCAACGUCACCCCGCAGAUGAAGUGCUACCGCGAGGAGAUCUUCGGCCCCGUCCUCGUAUGCCUCAACGUCGACACGCUCGACGAGGCCAUCGACCUUAUCAACGCCAACGAGUACGGCAACGGCGUCGCCAUCUUCACGCGCUCCGGCCCGACCGCCGAGUCCUUCCGGCGCCGCAUCGAGGCUGGCCAGGUUGGCAUCAACGUGCCCAUCCCCGUCCCUCUGCCCAUGUUCAGCUUCACCGGCAACAAGAAGAGCGUCGCCGGUGGCGGCGCGAGCACCUUCUACGGCAGACCCGGCGUCAACUUCUAUACGCAGCUCAAGACGGUUACCACCCUGUGGAGCGGGUCGGACGCGAUUAGCAAGAAGGCUGACGUCGCUAUGCCAACGCAUAGCUGAGUGGUUGAGAAACUGGAGGAUGGGAAAAGGGGGGGGGGAAGGGAUUGGCUGUGUGUGUGGUUUGUAGCUCUGCCGGGGGAAAGCGAGACUGGUUGCAAAGCGAGCGCUAGCUUGGGCAUUUUAGGCAUUAUUCGAAAACUUAGCGCGUGAUCUAGAUUGCUGCUAGGAGCUUUGGGCAGGCUGCAUAUCAUCGAGAUUCAUGGCUAUCGGCACUUUAU